AUGAUUGAAAAACGCAACUGGAACUCUAAGAUUGGAUAUUGUGUGCUCGCUUUAAUUCACCUGCUAGAGGUAGUCGCCUCAACUACGUACACCCGAGAGAUUUUAAACAAUAAGCCACCUUUUCAAGUGCGACCAUCCUGGCUACAAACUUGCAAACGAUCCAAUCCCAACGACGCAGAUUGCUUCCACCACCUGUUCGAAGGUUGUUUUCCUGCUUUAGUUGCCGGCAUUCCUGAAAUCGGCGUUAAAAGCUUCGAACCAUUGCACAUUGAUCAAGUGUCCGUCUCGAAAGGAAAUGGAAACUUGGUGCUAUCCGGAGGCUUUCAGAACCUCGUGAUACGUGGUCCAUCAAACACAACUGUUCAGCGUGCUAACCUGGAUCUGGGGAAACGUAGACUGGACUUUGAAUUGAAGCUGCCACGUCUGCGUAUACGUGCCAAAUAUAAUCUCAAAGGCAACAUUUUGCUCCUGCCGCUUGUUGGCAACGGAGAUGUGGCUAUGGUGCUUAAAGACGUAAAUACGGCGGUUUAUACCAAGAUAUCGCUACGCAAUGAAACCCAAACGGGUGAUGAAAUCAUACGUAUUGAUGAAAUGAAAGUCAGGUUCGAGGUGGGAGCCAUGCGUAUACAUCUCAAAAAUCUAUUUAAUGGCAACAAUGUGCUCGCUGCUUCAAUUAACGCCUUCCUGAAUCAGAACGGUAAUGAGGUUAUAGCAGAGUUACGACCCGAUUUGGAAUUGGGCUUAGCAGACAUAUUUCAUGGUCUGUGGAAUAAUUUGUUCUCCAAAAUGCCCACCAAACUGUGGCUACUUUAG